AUGAAAUGCACUGAGGAACGGAGGGAGGGAUUGGGUCACCAAGGAAACUGCUGAGGCUGUUCAGAGAAGCAGCAGAAUGAGCUAAAAGGUCCAAAAGUGAAUGUUCCCUGAUCCAGCUGCUGCUGCUCAGUACGGAGCUGAAUUUUAAACCCUUGGGAUUUAGUUUUUGUAUUUUUUUGGUUUGUGUGUAAUUAAACAGGUAGCAUCUGGACCAGGGCUCAAAUGGAGUGAACCUUUCUGGUUCUGGUCUACACCAACUCUGGGACAACGCCAUCUAAAAUCAAGAUUGCACAGAUUUGCAAGAAUGGAAAAAGGAAAUCCAGCAACAAUUCCAUGCAUUUAAGAGACUGCCCUGAUUCUCCACUCGUGGAAAAGAACUUUGACUGUUACGAUGUCAUCCAAACACAGAAAUCUUCCAAACAUUACUGGAGCCAUACUCCAUGAUGUCCUAAGCUCCUUCUCUCCCCCAUCCUCCCCUGUAUCCCCAAGUUUAUCUUGUAACAUAGAUGAAACUUACAAGUACAUCUUCCUUCCAAUUUGUUACUCUUUCACGUUCAUCUUUAGCAUCACUCUGAACUCCGUGGUUCUCUAUCGUUCCUUCCGUCAGACCAAGCGGUUGAAUGCCUCUCUGAUAUACAUGGUCAACUUGGCUUCUACAGACUUUAUGUAUGGUCUGUCACUGCCAUUUCUUGUAGCUAGUUACAUCAUGCGUGACCGCUGGGUCUUUGGGGACUUCAUGUGUCGUCUGGUCCGUUUUCUUUUCUAUUUCAACCUCUACUGCUCCAUAUUUUUUCUCACUUGCAUCUCUGUCCACAGAUACCUUGGUAUCUGUCACCCCAUGAAAGUGAUCACGCUGGAGACCAAGAAAGCUGUUAAGUGCACUUGUGUACUGGUUUGGAUUGUAGUAUUUGCAUUGACUUGCCCAAUUUUUCGAUUCGCCCAGACUGGUCAUGUAACCAGAUUAGCAGGGUUUGGAAGCAAUGAAAGUGCAACUACUGAGAACACAAGCCAUCACAUAGUCUCUGAAAACAGUAAUGUCAGCUAUGGAAAUUUGGGACAAAUCAAUGAGGAGUACCAGAACUGUUGGGAUGAUGCCAUAGACAAGGAGUUUCAUGAUUAUGUCCCCUACGGAAUCACACUCCAUUUGCUGGGAUUUUUUCUACCGUUUUCCAUAAUUGCUUGGUGCUACUCUCAUGUUGUUUUGACCAUAUUUAGGACUCUGCAUUCUCAACCAUCAUCCCACAAAGGUCUGAGAAAUGGAGGCAUUGGAAGUUUGGACAAAAGAGGCAGAAAUAUCUCUGAAAUACAAAGAAAAGGAAAUACUGGAUUGUUAAGAGCAAUGGAGAAGGAUGGAGAAAUAUCUGUGUUCCUGGGUGCUCGUUCUCCAUAUGCCAGCCGCAGACGUAAAUCUAUUAAAACUAUCAUCACCAUUACCCUGCUCUUUGCACUGUGCUUCUUCCCCUUCCACGUUACAAGAACCAUCUUCCUUGUGCUGAAAGUGACUAGAAAGGUCCCUUGUCAUACCAUUACGGCAGUGUCAAUGUGCUAUAAAAUCACAAGACCUUUAGCUUCAUUCAACGCAUGGCUCAAUGCCCUCCUUUACUUCCUGACUAAAGAUAAGGUGGGAGCUCACUGCUGCCAAGUGGUAAGCACCCCCACCCAACAGAACGGCAAACUUCUAAUACCGCUGAGAACAAUGGAAAAAGCAGAAGUUGCAACACAUGAAGGCAUCAAGGACCAGAUUAACCAAAAAGACAACAGUGACUUCCACAGUUUAUCAUACACAAUGGGAGCAAAAGUUGAAUAUAUAGCUGAAUAACAUCUCCAUAAGGACAUGGAUGGAUGAAUAGAUUGAAGAGAAUAAUGAAGCACCAUGUUCAAUGUGCCUUUAAUUUCAUGCAUUAUUUCUGUUCAUGUCAUUUCAAACUUAAAGGAACAGUUUUUAAGUGGUGUUGAGAAUUAAUAAGGGCUCACCAGUUAUGUUGGUGAGGUGUAAGAGCAAGCUUAUUUAUUAACAAAUAUUAACUAAAGAUAGUUAUCUAAAGUCUAAAGAUAGUCUAAAGAUAGUUAUUAAUCAUUAAAAGUUAUGGGCCACCACCUGAAAACUAACUAAUCCCAAUUUCCUGUGUCUGAUGGUCUGUUUGUGUUAAUCUGGAACAGAUUUAGCAUCUACAGAACAGACAGUGUGAACUGAUUUCUUUGAACCAACAGUUACACCGAACAACUGCAAACUGCAGUCCUCAGUUAUCACAAACUCAGUGAAUGCAGGUUUGUUCGUGUUUGUGUGAGUAUUCCCUACUAUAGGGGACCAUUUUUAGCAUAAACAUGUGCUUGUGGGAAUCAAGUGGUACUUAUGGGGUCCUAAGACUAGUCCCCAUGAGGGGAAAUGCUAUUGYUGGGUCGGGGUUAGGUUUAGGACUAUUGAGUUUUGACUUCUUAUAUACUGAGUUUAAGUUAAAUUUAGCGUCAGGGUGGCUAGAUAUGCUAGGAAACAGACAGAGUGGUGGAGGGCAGCAGAUCAGAAUCAGAGCAGUAUUACCUACAUGAUGACUUAUUUUGUUCAAAAUCGAACUACUCUGUGAAACACAUGGCUCGUCAGGAUCUGGAUCCCUUCAAAGAGCCUUUUGUCUCACCUUUAAUUGUUUGUACAGUUUCAGUAUGAAGGGUUUAACAAUGUGUGAUUCACAUGCUGUGUUAAUCUAGUCUAGAAUAGUUAGGUGGCCUGUAGGAUCCUAUCCUAAGUACAACAAACUUUUAAUUAAAAUAAACUAAAUCAUUAAAUAUCAAUGUUUAAAAUAAUCAAAGAAAAACCUCCAUAUUUCAGCAAAUUUUACCUGUGUUAUCCUUAGCCACGUGCUGAAGGCUAAUGCCCAGUUUGUCAUUGUUACCACAUUUCAAAGGACUGCUCCUUGUUUUUUUGUUUAACUCACGUUGGUUUGUGAAUAAGUUCUCCGUCCUCGGGGUCCAUCCAUCSAUUAUCUACCACUUGUUCUAAAGUCUGGUAUUGGGGGGCUGGAACUUGAGCAGGGGGGCCCAGACCUCUCUUUCCCCAGCCACCAGGAUUCCAAGAGACAUAGUCUCUCCAGCAUGUCCUGGGUCCUCCUCAGGGUCCAGUGGAUGUACAGUCUCCAUGGUGCUGAUCCAUUUYGUCUUGGUGUGAUGGAGUAGUGUUUAGGGCUGUUGCCUGACAGCAAGAAGGUUACAGGCUCUCCUCCAUCCUGGGAGCUUUCUGUGUAAAAUUGUGGAUAUGUUUUUUAUGCAUGCAUGGGUUUCCUCAGGGUACUCCAGUUUCCCCCAGCAGACCAAAAACAUACAUGUUAGGCUAAYUGACGACAGUGAGGUGUCACUAGGUGUGGGUGAAAACAGGACUGGUUGUUUUUUCUUGUGUUGCAACCUGUUCAGUAUCCUGCCUUUCACACAGUUCUGCUCGAGAUAUACACUAGUUCCCCAACCCUGCACAGAUUAAGUGUGCAAGAGGAUGGACGGACGGAUGGACUUGUGUCAACAUACCUGCAGUAGUAAACACUGUAUUUUCACUUCUGUCGGACCUGAUCUUAAACUGUCAGAUUGUAUCACAUACUUUUCAUUGCUGAACAUGUUUUGUUUGAAAUAAUACAUUUCAUAAAAUUGUGUUAUUA